AGUGCACUAGUGAUGCUCUCCAGUUCAAUCUUCCAAGAAAGACCUGUUGUUGCGGUACUUCUUCACAAAAUAACAAGCGGCUCUUGGCUAAUGUCGGCACACACCGUCUGAUUCACGGUUUAGCUUGACUACCGACGAGUUUUACCGGUUCCCGAAAGUGAAAUAAGAAGCCGCGCAGGCGCUUAUGCAACUCAGGAGAAGUUUAUCAGUGAGCUCGAGGAGCUAGCUGGAGUCAGCGCGAGCCGUUUGUUGUAGUAUGUUGCGGGGCGACGAGCAAGAAGAGCCACUUGUCGGGCGUUCCUGAGCCCGACAUGCGUUUGCGUAAAGGCGACAAGGUCGAGGCAGCGAGCCGCUGGAGGACACGAUGCUUCGGCAUGGAUGAAUAGCAAAGCAGCUGCUAAACUGGUGUGAGAAAAACGCUCAGGAGGAAAACAGUUGCGACUAUGAGCUGGGCAGAACCAAAGGACACAGACUUGUCCCAAAGUGAAGACCCUGUCCGAUGCCUCCACAGCCCCAGAGCUGACCCUCUGAUCCGCAGCAGACCCCUCAGUGAUAUUUGUCCACUGCAGAGUCACGCCGACAGGAGUUCAGUCCCACACCUACUGUCUGGAUGCAGUGGCCAGGUGCAGCCGAUGAGUCGCCUCUCUGACGAGAGCAGAUUAAACGGCGUCUACUCAUCUGCCUGGUCCAACCCUGUUACAGGUCAAAGUGAAGGAAAACCCCAGCCUUCAAGAAUCAUGAGACUGUUUUCAAACACGAAGAAGGGCGCCGUCCCAUCUGACCGUCCAACAUCCGCUCACAACAAUGACAGCAGCAGCCCUCAGCCUUGGACCGGAUUGUCAGGGCUCGGCGUCGUAGACUCUUUCAAAAAGCUCCGAUCUUCUGUGCUUCAAGGUAUUCAGAGUAAAGCAAACAGCAAUGGAGACCACGCCCCUUUACCCAACAUGGAAACGCCUAAUGGCUCCGCUGUGAAUAACACUGAUCACACUGAUGUGCACACACACGAUGAAGGAAAUAAUGUGACAAACAGAUACUUUACUGAGCAGCUCUGGCCUGCUGUUAGCCACUGCGGCUCAGAUGCUGAGGACUUUGAUGAUGAAGACACUGACAUUAACGGUCCUACUCGCAAUUCCCGAUUCUCCAGAAGUAUUAGGAGAGCGUACGGAGAUGGAAGAAUCCCGUUACAUGAUAUGGAAAACGGUAGGCGAGCAGGAAGUAGAAAAAACAAUGUCCCAAGUUUCACAGAACAACCAAAUCACACGCCUCAAGUCAGCAUCCAAACUCAGAAUAUAGAAGAAAACACUAAUGUGAAGGUUAUGAGCAGACUGAGCAGAAGCACCGAGAACCUCCCAGUGUUUAAGAUACACAUUAGGCGCAAAGCUGUAUCUCCGGGACCUCUAUCUUCACAGGAAGACUCCCAGAGGACCAGUUUCUUUAAUCUAUCACCAAACAUCCAAAGGACCUCCAGCGCUUCUUCAGUGGACCUUCGGAGGGGCCCCGCCAACAACAAGGGAUCCAUGCUGAAGCUGAUCGGCAGCAUGACUGAUCUCACUGUGCGACGCAGGCAGAGUCCUUCCCCGAGUCCCACCUCUCCAUCUCCCAUGAGCCGUCUCCAUGACGACUAUUCUCGUCGUGUGCCUUGCCUACGAACCAGUGAGCGACAGCGUCGACCGUCGGCCGCCAACGUCCAGGUUGGUCCCAUCGAGCACACUCCUCUUGUUCACCGUCAUCCUGAAAACGAUGAAGCAUCGUAUCUGGCUGUGGCGGACCCGUUUCCUCUGGAGCCAGCCGAGCAGAUCGUAGCUCAGAAUGAGCAGCUAGCUACAACAAGACAUCAUCAACCGAUGACUGAAGGAUUUUCAGCCUCACUGAACCAGAGUAAGAGUUCUCAACACCAAGCUCAAACAGAGGUGUCGUCACACCUACGAGGACAAAACCCGCUUCUCCAAAAGGAGGAAGUCUUGGCAGCAACCAGCAGCCCACCCCCCGUCUCUCCAACAUGUCUCCCCGAGUCGCCCGCAUCACCGACAUCUCCCACAGAAGCGGCAGAAACCUCUUUGGUCAAGGCCAGACGAAGGAACGGGCGCCCGAGGCCUCGGCCCAUCUCUGACAACGCGCAGCUCGUUUCCAGGAAGUAUCUGAUCCCCGAGGAAGUAGCGGAGCCGCACGACAAGGAAAGGAUGCCUGAAACAGCGCCGCGAAAGGACAGGGGCGGUGACAGCCCUGAGAUGUGUGGCAGAAACGAGGACGCUCCGAGACAUCGGCCUGUCUCGGUCAUAGGAGCCGUGGAUCUGUUCCCCGCUGAUGUCGGGUUAAAGGAGGACCGCCUUCCCUCCCCUUCGUCACGACCCCCGAUCCCCUCCCACCAGGUGCCCCCCUACAAAGGAGUGUCUGCACGGUUUCGGCCGUCUGUCCUGUCCCAAAGCACCCCCAUCGGACUGGACCGCGUGGGACGGCGGAAACUCCACAGGGUGCUCAGCGACGGUGUGUCGGAGUGCAUGGCCACGCUGGACGACAGCGUGAGCGAGGAGGAGGAGAGCAGCUUUGAUGAGCUUGCUGAUGUCACACCCUACCUCCAGCCGGGAGUGGAGCUCUCGGUGCUCAACGAGUGGAUAAGCUCGGGCCGCACAGUGUUCGCCGAAGCUCUCUGGGACCAUGUGACUAUGGAGGAGCAGGAGCUGGCCUUCAAGGCCGGGGAUGUCAUCCGCGUCCUGGACGCCUCUCAUAAGGACUGGUGGUGGGGCAAGGGGGCAGACAAGGAAGGCUGGUUCCCAUCCAGCUUUGUGAGGGUCCGUGUGAACCAGGAGGACUCCAGCGCUGAAAGCGUGGAGAGCGUCGCAGACCAAGAAGAUCCAGCUCCCCGGGACACGCCCACUGCUCAGCACAAAGAGCAGAUGAGAACAAACGUGGUCCAGGAGAUCAUGAACACCGAACGCAUCUACAUCAAACACCUGAAAGACAUCUGUGAGGGUUACAUCCGUCAGUGCAGGAAGCACCCCGACAUGUUCACCGAGCUGCAGCUGCAGACGAUCUUCAGCAACAUAGAAGACAUCUACAAAUUCCAGAGACAGUUCCUCAGAGACCUGGAGAGGAAGUACAACAAAGAGCAGCCACAUCUCAGUGAAAUCGGCUCCUGCUUCCUCCUGCAGGGUGAGGGCUUCUCCAUCUACUCGGAGUACUGUAACACUCACCCCGCUGCCUGUGCCGAGCUGCAGCGCCUCAUGAAGAUGGGGAAGUAUAAACAUUUCUUCGAGGCCUGCCGUCUCCUCCAGCAGAUGAUUGACAUCUCCAUCACUGGUUUCUUACUCACACCCGUCCAGAAGAUCUGUAAAUACCCAUUACAGUUGGGGGAGCUGCUCAAGUACACGCCCAAAGAUCACAGUGACCACGCUGGUGUCAGUGAGGCCUACGAGGCGAUGAAGAACGUGGCCAGUUUGAUCAACGAGAGGAAGAGACGCCUGGAGAAUAUUGACACCAUCGCCCACUGGCAGGUUGCCAUUUUACACUGGGAGGGGCCAGAUGUUCUGGAGCGCAGCUCGGAGCUGAUCCACUCCGGCGAGCUGACCCGAGUCGUCCGACAAGGUAAAAUGCAGCAGCGCAGCUUCUUCCUGUUCGACCACCAGCUGGUCUACUGCAAGAAAGACGUCCUGCGCAGAGACCUGCUCCACUACCGAGGACAGCUGGACAUGGACCAGAUGGAGGUGGUGGACGUGCCUGAUGGGCGGGACUCGGAGCUGGGCCUGACCCUGAGGAACGCCCUGCGGCUGCGUCACGCCUCCACGCUGGAGCUCAAGUGUGUGCUGUGCUGCAGGAAGGCCCAGGACAAGCAGAGGUGGCUACAAGCCUUCGCCAGGGAGAGGCAGCGAGUCAAGGAGGACCAGGAGAUGGGAAUCGAUAUCAGUGAAGAACAAAGAAAACAGGCCAUCGCUAACGCUAGGAGACCUAAACAUGGGAAGAUCAAAUCUGUUGGUUACACCGCCUCCGUCCUGCCUCACCACCAGAACCUCCCCCUCAUCCAGCAGCGUCACAUCACCAUUCCCACCAGCGUGCCUCAGCAGCAGGUCUUCUCUCUGGCCGAGCCACCCAAACGGAAGCCUUACCACCUGCUGUACAGCAUCACCCGCAACGCCUUUUUCAGGAAAUGACUCUCCGUCUAUAAAAAACACGUCCUGAAGUCUCAACGAACACUGUGUGUGUGUGUGUGUGUGUGUGCGUGCGUGUGUGCGUGCGUGCGUGCGUGCGUGCGUGUGUGUGUGUGUGUGCGUGUGCGUGCGAGCAUGUGUGUGUGCAUGCGUCCGCACUGUUAGUUUGAUCUCUGUGCCUCGUUUUUGUUGCACAUUUAAGUGUCUGUAAGUUAAGGGGGAGGGGCAUUACAAAAGUGUUAUUUUGUUUGUUAAAGAUGCUGCUUAUUAAAAAAAAACACCCAUCCUGUUUUAAUAAUUCCAGUUUAUUAUUAUUUGUGUUUAAUGACGACAACGAUGUAUGUUCUGCUUUUACGUUGAUGGUUUUAGUUUUUUCACAAAGGCUGGGCCCUGUUUUAGUUUUUGAUGCUGAGUCUGCAGCUCUGAGCACAAGACGCCCAGAGGAUAAAAGACCUCUGCACAGACCUGUUAACACUGUAAAUAAAACUCUUGUACAAACGUC